AUGUCGUCCGCUCCUAUCGUCAAGACCAUCAGCUCCAGCGACGGUACGGUCAUUUAUGCCGAAGCAGUUGGCGACCCCAGCAAUCCAGCUUUGGUCCUUGUGCAUGGACUCAACUUAUCCGCCGCAACCUUUGACAACCUCUUCAGAGAUCGACGCCUACUGGACAAAUUGUACUUGGUCCGUUACGACCUACGUGGUCACGGUAGAAGCGGGAAACCAGAAAACGCGGAGGGAUAUCAAUCGCGCUUGUUUGCGGAUGAUUUUGCUGCAGUUGCAAGCGCUUUCAGAUUGAAAAACCCGGUGCAGUGUGGCUGGAGCUACGGCAGUGAGUUCGCUUUCACUAUUCUAAAUCCACUCCUUGGGAACCUGCCUUUUACAGGCACGGUUGCAAGCGAUAUUAUGCAGCAUCUCGGUGCUAACACCGUAGCGGGGAUUGUAUAUCUGGCCGCCUUGCCUUACGUUGGUCCUAUCAUGGAGCGUGUUGGGACGCCCAUCGUCCUUGGUUUGCUUCCUGGGUUGAUGAGCACGACCGAUGUAGCUUUGUACGCUCGCACAAAGGUAGCCUUCAUGGAUUCGCUCUUCGUUCAUCCAGAGAAGGUCGACUUCGCCGUGAAGACGUCCUGGAUUGGUCAGGCCAUUCUUCAAACUCCGGACGUGAGCAAUUUCAUCCUUUCUCGCUCUCAAGACCCCGAGAAGCUAUUUGAAGCCGGCCGCAAGGGCUUACCGUUGCUGGUGUUGAACGGCACUGCGGACAAGCAGGUCAUAGGAGACGUAGUGGUGAAGGAGAUGAACCCGUACUUCAAGGAUAUGGAUGUGGUUAUGGUCGAGAAUGGAGCUCAUGCUUUAUUCUAUGAACAUCAAGACGAGGUUGUCACCGCUCUCAUCAAAUUCGUUGAGCGCGUGACGGCAAAGGGCACCUAA